AGUCUUGCACUGUCAGUGUCUUUCUAGUUAAGUAUUACCUGCAUUGCUUCAGCAGGAGCACUGCACUUGUGCUGUGUGUGUGGCUAAGUGCAGAGGGGGAGGGAGACAGAGAGAAAGAGGGACACCACUGGGAAAGCACAGACCAAGUUUGAAGUGAUUAAAGAGGGGAGACAUUGUUUCUUAACAUCUUGGAGAGCAAAUCGCCUUUGUUUUUGCAAUAAGCUUUCAAGACUGCAGUGCAACUAGCUGUGGAUAUGGCUGGUUGUCUGCAAAGGACAAGACUGUGUGCAGCACAGACACUUCUGAAGUGCCUCCUUGUGCUGUUUUCAUUAGGCUGUUGCUUCUACACAGCAGAGGCAGAUCCUUUUGACCCAGCUUUCCUAUACAGGCGCCAAACUGGACCUAAUCCUGAAACAAUCUUGGUGGCCCACAAUGGGAUUAGAGUUCCCUUCGGACGCUCUGUUUAUCUGGACCCUAUCAAUGACCUUGUCACUGAGGUGCAGCCAGGAGACCGUUGCCACAUCACGGUACUAGACAACGACCCACUGGCGCAGAGACCUGGAAUGCUGACCCCCAAAAAAUUCCCCUGUGCUUUCGGAGCAGAGGAGGUGAAAUACACUCACUUUGGCUCGAGGAGUCCCAGCAAGGACCAUGUGAAGCUGCAGCUGAGGUAUGACUCCCACACAGACACUGUGAUCAUCCCUUUCAUGCUAGAAGUGGAAGUGGUCUUCCAGCAGCUGGAGAUCCUUACCCGUAACAUGCCCCUUGUUGUGGAAAAGCUGAACGGUCAAAGCAACCCCAUUGACAAAAAGGGCCUGGAGUUUGCUUUCGAGGAUGGUGCCACUACUUGCAAGGUCACCACACUGGUUAGUGCGGGUGGUCUCCCCAGGUAUGGAACUCUUUCAGAUAACUCUGUUAAUGGCCAGAUGAUUGACUGUGAUGAGUUUCUCAAGAAAGGCAUUCGAUAUCUACACACUGCUACCACCAAAUCUCCUAACAGAGAUUAUAUACCAAUGUUAGUGGAAGUGCAGGAUAAUGAGGGCAAUACUAUUCAACAGGAGCACUUCCAGAUCAUGGUUAGAAUUAAAGAAGGGGCAGAAAACACACCUCCAAAAGCCAGCUUUAUAGCUAUGAUGAUGAUGGAGGUUGAUCAGUUUGUGAUGACAGCCAUAACUCCUGAUAUGCUUGCAGCUGAAGAUGUGGAAUCAGAUUCUGAUGACUUAAUCUUUAACAUAACUUCUCCACUGGGCUAUCAGCAGGGUUAUAUCAUCAGCACAGAUGAUCAGAAUUUACCCAUAACCUCUUUUCGUCAGAGAGAUAUCAAAGACCUGAAAAUUGCCUAUAAGCCCCCGUCUGAAGAUUCAGAAAUAGAGAGGAUUUUCCAGAUUGAAUUUGAGAUAGUUGAUACUGAUGGGGCUGUAUCUGAUACAUUUGCGUUUAUGAUUGUGGUGAAGCCAAUGAACACUUUAGCUCCAGUGGCAACCAAGAACACAGGUCAGUUACUGUUUGAGGGUCAGUCAAGGCCAUUGUCUACUUCCCAGAAUUUAGAAAUCAGUGAUGAGGAUAACCUUGAAGAUGUGAAGAUCACUGUAAUUGAUGGCUUGAAACAUGGUGAGCUGACAGUGUUGGGGUCUCGUCAAAAGUUUUUCACACCGGCCGAUCUGGAUGCUGGCACUGUGGUAUACCAGCAUGAUGGAAGUGAUACUUACAGUGACAACAUUAUAUUUAGAAUGACAGAUGGCACAAAUGAAGUGGAGUUUUUGUUCCCCAUCACAAUUGCCCCCACUGAUGAUGAGCCCCCUAUUAUUAAUGCUAAUACUGGCAUUGUGCUGUUUAAGAAUGAAAUGAUGCAAAUCUCUCCAUUUAUCCUGAGUGCUACUGAUAUUGAUUCAGAAGACUCAACCAUUAAGUUCAUUUUAGAAGAACCCUAUUCAGCCAUUGGUGAGCUGCUGCUUAGACAAGUGGAGCCCCCUGCAGAUGCCUCCACUUGGAAGUUUAGUGCAACAGAUGAAAUGUUUGAACAGGUGGUGACAGAAUGGUUCCAGCAGGAUAUCCUGGAUGGGAAACUGUUUUACCGCCACAAAGGACCCCACAGCACCACCACCGUCAUUGACCAGUUUGUGUUCAGAGUCCAGGAUGACAAUGACCCUCCAAAUCAGUCAGGAGAACACACAUUCACUAUUAAAAUUCAUCCAGUUGAUGACGUACCCCCAACCCUGUACCCUGGCACCACUCUGCACAUGACAGUUCAAGAAUAUGAGCUGACAUACUUUAAAAAGAAGUUCCUACGCUACACAGACUUGGACUGUGAUGACAGGGAUCUCAAAUAUACCAUCAUCAAGCUCCCCACAGAUACAGACGAGAACAACCCAGUGGCCCUUGGAGCCAUUGUACUAACAGACAGCCCUGACACUGUCAUUAGUGAGUUCACUCAAGCCCAGGUCAAUCACCAUAAAGUAGCAUACAAGCCCCCUGACCAGGAACUGGGCAUCACUCCAAAAGUGGUCCAGUUCACUUUCACUGUAGAGGACACAGCUGGUAACUCAGUAGAUGGUUUAUUUACUAUAUUUUUACAGCCUGUGGACAAUAAGCCUCCUGUUAUCACCAAUACUGGUUUUACUGUACUGGAGAGAAGUACUUACAUAAUAACAAAGAAUGAACUGGAUGCCUCUGAUCAGGACACAGAAGAUGAGAAUAUCAUCUUUAAAGUGAUCCAAAUCCCCAGGUAUGGCCAGCUGCAGUAUUUAGGAAUUGACAUGUCCAAUGGGGAAACAUUUAUCUUAGAAGAUAUUGAGAGUGGCCGGCUGACCUAUAUCCAUGGUGGUGAGGAAUCGCUCAGUGAUGUUAUAAAAAUUGAUGUUAGUGAUGGCUUCCAUGAAGUUCCUAUAGUUAUUAAGAUUAGCAUAAAGCCAGUUGAUGAUGAGACACCAACCAUUAUGCUACCAGCCGGUCUUUUAGGGGCUUCCAUUGAUGUGCUUGAGAAUGGAGCCACAGAGAUCACGAGCAAUGUGAUCCAAGGUCGGGACGAGGACACAGACGAUCUCAUGCUCACUUUUAUAGUGGAAGAGCCUCCGAGACUAGGGGAAAUCCUGGUGAACGGUGCUCCUGCCGAACGCUUUACUCAACAAGAUAUCAUCAAUGGAGUAGUUGUCUAUGCCCACACAAGUGGUGAGAUUGGCCCUAUUAAGGAGCAUGAUUCCUUCAACCUCACCAUAUCUGACAUGUCAGAUGAGUGGGUGGUAGGGGGCAACAAAGUCCAAGGAGUUCGUGUACAUGUCACCAUCCUUCCUGUGGACAGUAUUGCCCCUGUUGUUAGUGUUGUGGAGCAAUUUGUGGUAGUAGAAGGGGAAAAGAAUGUUAUUACACUGGAGCACAUCAAAGCUGAAGAUAUUGACACUGAUAAUGAUGAUAUACUCUGCACAAUUAUAGUUCAGUCAACAUCUGGGUAUGUGGAGAACAUUUCUCCAGCUCCUGGGUCAGAGAAGUCAAGAGCAGGCACUGCCAUCACUGCCUUUAGCAUUAAAGAUGUUAGUCUUAGUCACAUCUACUAUGUCCAGAGCAUUCAUAAAGGUGUAGAGCCAGUGGAAGACAGGUUCACCUUCCGCUGCUCUGAUGGAAUUAACUUCUCAGAGAAGCAUUUUUUCCCCGUUGUCAUCAUCCCAGCCAAUGAUGAGAAACCAGAAAUUUUCAUUCGCGAGUUUGUUGUCAUGGAGGGCAUGAGCUUAGUAAUAGACACUCCCAUUUUAAAUGCUGCAGAUGCAGACAUUCCAGGUGAUGAAUUAGAGUUUGAGAUCAUUAAGAACCCCAAACAUGGCAACAUUGUCCAACAGUUGACCACUGGGACUGUCCCUGUAGUGAAAUUCUCCUUGGAGCAGAUCAAAGAAGCAUCUAAUAUUGUCUAUGAACAUGAUGACUCAGAAACCAAGGAAGAUAGCUUUGAAAUUAGACUCACUGAUGGGAAACAUACUGUCGAAGAGAAAGUUCUGAUAAUGGUUAUUCCUGUUGAUGACGAGACCCCAAGAAUGGCUAUCAAUGAUGGACUAGAGGUCGAAAUUGGAGAAACCAAAGUAAUAAGCAACAGAGUCUUAAAAGCCACCGAUCUGGACUCUGAAGACAAAGCGCUUACUUACAUUAUUCGCUUUGGUCCAGGUCAAGGCUACAUCCAGCGAAUCACCAAACAUGGAGAUGUUAUUGGCAACAUCAGCAUUGGAAUGAAUUUUACACAAGAUGAAAUUGAUAAACAACUGAUACAGUACGUGCACACAGGCCAGGAGGGCGUCCGCGAUCUGCUGAAGUUUGAUGUCACAGAUGGCAUCAACCCACUCAUUGAUCGUUACUUCUAUAUCAACAUUGGAAGCAUUGAUAUGGUCUUCCCUGAUGUCAUUAACAAAGGAGUGACCCUCAAAGAAGGAGGUAAAGUGACCUUGACCACAGACCUUCUUAGCACAACUGAUAUUAACAGCCCUGAUGAAUACCUCAGUUUUAGCAUUACACGUGCCCCUAGCAGGGGUCAUCUAGAGUGCACUGACCUUCCUGGUGUACCCAUCUCCACCUUUACCCAGUUGCAACUGGCUGGAAACAAAAUCUACUAUAUCCACACCUCUGAUGACGAAGUGAAGAUGGACAGCUUUGAGUUUGAGGUGACCGAUGGCUACAAUCCAGUAUUCCGCACCUUCCGCGUGUCCAUCACUGAUGUGGACAACAAGAAGCCAGUCCUGACCAUCAACAAACUAGUGGUGGGAGAGGGUGAAACCAAACUGAUCACACCUUUUGAGCUGACUGUGGAGGAUCGUGACAGUCCAGAUAGUCUACUGCGCUUUGUGGUCACACAGGUGCCAGUGCAUGGUCAGCUGCUGUUCAAUGGCACUCAGGCCAUUACAACAUUCACCAAGCAAGACUUAAAUGAGAACCUAAUUAGUUACAAACAUGAUAGCACAGAGACCAAUGAGGAUAGCUUCUCCUUUACGGUUACUGAUGGAACUCACAUAGACUUUUACGUGUUCCCCGAUACGGUCUUUGAGACACGUAAGCCACAGACGAUGACCAUCCUCAUCAACACAGUCGACAAUGGUGUACCUCAAAUCGUGGUCAACAAAGCUGCACCCACCCUGAGGGUCCUUCAUACUGGGCAUCUUGGAUUCCUAAUUACCAGUAAAGCGCUAAAGGCUGAGGACAGGGAUAGCCCAAACAAAGUUUUGAAGUUUUCGGUGUCUGAGGCCCCUCUGCAUGGUUUCAUCAUAAACACUGCCCUGGGAAACAACAGCAUCAAGACCUUCUCACAAAGCGAUAUUGAUGAUAUGAAGAUCUGCUAUGUUUUGCUUGAUGGAUCCAAUGCCACAAGUGAUAUCUUUUACUUCACAGUAGAAGACAAUGGGGGCAACAAGCUGAAGCCGCAGCCGUUCCGCUUGAACUGGGCCUGGAUCUCUCUGGAGAAGGAGUACUACCUGGUGGAUGAGGAUGCAAAGUUCCUGGAGGUGACGCUCAAACGCAGGGGCUAUCUUGGAGAAACAUCCUUCGUCAGCAUUGCCACUAAAGAUGGCACUGCUAAGAAGGACAAGGACUUCCGUGGAAAAGCCCAGAAGCAGGUCCAGUUUAACCCAGGCCAGACAACGGCCACCUGGAGAGUCAAGAUCUUCACUGACCAGGAGUUUGAAACCUCAGAAACCUUCGAGAUUCAGCUGUCUGAACCAGUGAUGGCGGUCCUUGAGUACCCAGACAAAGCCACUGUGGAGAUUGUGGACCCUGGCGAUGAGUCCACUGUGUUCUUCCCUCAGGCUGAGUAUCUGAUAGAGGAGGACAUUGGUGAGCUGCUGGUUCCCGUGCGCAGGUCUGGAGAUAUCAGCCAGGAGCUUAUGGUCAUCUGUUACACACAGCAAGGAACUGCCACCGGCACCAUCCCCAGCACGGUGCUCUCUUACUCAGACUACAUCACUCGGCCUGAGGACCACACCAGCGUCUUGCGCUUUGACAAGGAUGAGCGGGAGAAGCCAUGUAGGAUCAUCAUCAUCGAUGACUCACUGUAUGAGGAGGAGGAGAGCUUUAACGUGUCACUCAGUAUGCCCAUGGGAGGCCAGGUGGGGGCCAGCUUCCCCAGCGCUAAGGUAGUCAUCCUGGCAGACAGCGAUGAUGAGCCAUCCCUGUAUUUCGGAGAGACUGAGUACACAGUGGAUGAGAGUGCGGGCUAUGUGGAGGUGAGAGUGUGGAGGACAGGCACUGACCUCUCCAAAACAGCCACCGUCACUGUACGCUCGCGGAAAAGUGAGCCCGUCUCAGCAGAAGCGGGUCUGGAUUACGUGGGCAUCAGUCGUAACUUGGACUUUGCACCUGGCGUCACCAUGCAGACAUUCCGUGUGACCAUCCUGGAUGACCUGGGCCGUCCAGAGCUGGAAGGGCCAGAGAAGUUUGAGCUGGUGUUACGCAUGCCUAUGAACGCUGUGCUGGGAGAGCCCAGCAAAACCGUCAUCACCAUCAACGACACCGUUACUGACCUUCCAAGAGUGCAGUUCAGGGAUGCGGAGUACAAGGUGGACGAGGCUGAUGGACAGGUGAAGGCCAUGGUGUACCGCAGCGGUGACAUCAGCCAGAAAUCCACCGUUCGCUGUUAUACUCGUCAAGGCUCCGCCCAGGUCAUGAUGGACUACAACGAGCGGCCCAACACUGACGCCUCCAUCAUCACCUUCCUGCCAGGUGAAAAUGAGAAGCCGUGUGUGGUGACCUUGGUGGAUGACUCUAUUCAUGAGGAGGAUGAGGAUUUCCGACUGGUUUUGGGAACACCCAAGAGCAAGUCUCCAUAUGGUGCUGCACUGGGGGAGCAGAAGGAAGCUCUGGUCACCAUCACUGACAAAAAAGACAAGGCUAUCAUCAGAUUCUCAGAGAUUAAGUACAGCGUGAGGGAGCCUCAGGUUGCCGGGGAGAUUGCCGUAGUGAAGAUCCCCGUCCUCCGCCUAGGUGACACUUCCAAGGUCUCCGUGGUGAGAGUUCACACCAAAGACGGCUCUGCCACGUCUGGAGAGGACUACAACCCCCUGUCUCAAGAUGUGGAGUUUAAAGAAGGAGAGACGGAGCACGUAGUGGAGGUUCAGGUUCUGUAUGACGGACAGAGGGAAAUCCGUGAGGCCUUUACUGUCCAUCUAAAGCCUGACGAAUACAUGGUGGCCGAGACACAGAUGAACAAAGCUAUAGUGUACAUUGAGGAGAUGGACAGUGUAGCUGACGUCACCUUCCCCGCGGUGCCUCAGGUAGUGUCUCUGCUCAUGUAUGAUGAUACAGCUCGGACAAAGGAGCACCCCCAUCCCCCAACAGGAUACCCUGUAGUGUGUGUGACGGCCUGCAACCCCAAAUAUUCAGAGUUUGACAAGACAGGCUCCAUCUGUGCAGUGGAGAACAUUAAUGACACUCUGACUCAGUACCGCUGGCUUGUUAGUGCCCCCAGUGGGCCGGACGGCGUCACCAGCCCCAUGCGCGAAGUGGACACCAACACCUUCUUCACCAACACCAAAUCCAUCACGUUGGACUCCAUCUACUUCCAGGCAGGCUCACGUGUACAGUGCGCCGCCAGGGCCUUCAAUGCCAAUGGUGAUGCAGGGCUGGAACUCAGCUCUCCCAUCGUGACCAUCGGCCGAGAUGAGGGUCUUUGCCAGCCCCGCAUUCCUGGUACUGUUGGUGCUGAGCCAUUCUCAGCAAAAAUCCGCUACACUGGCUCAGAUGACCCUGACUACCCCAACCUCAUCAAAUUGACCAUUACCAUGCCUCACAUGGAUGGCAUGCUGCCCGUCAUCUCUACACGUCCUCUCUCGAACUUUGAGCUGACUCUGAGUCCGGAUGGCACACGGGUGGGGAAUCAUCGUUGCUCCAAUCUGCUGGACUUCAAUGAGAUCCAGACAGGCCACGGCUUCAUUACAGACGCCACCAAGAACCCAGAGAUAAUUGGAGAGACGUUGCCAUACCAGUACAGCUUGGUCAUGCGCAGUGCCAACUCCCUGCGCUUCUACCGUAACCUCAACCUGGAGGCCUGCCUGUGGGAGUUCAGCAGCUACUACGACAUGUCCGAGCUGCUCAAUGAGUGCGGCGGAUCCAUUGGCACAGAUGGACAGGUGCUGAACUUGGUCCAGUCCUACGUUACUCUGCGUGUGCCUCUCUACGUGUCCUAUGUGUUCCACUCUCCCGUUGCUGUUGGUGGCUGGCAGCACUUCGACCUGCAGUCUGAGCUGCGUCUUACGUUUGUAUACGAUACCGCCAUCUUGUGGCAGGAUGGUAUUGGUAGCCCACCCGAGGCUGAACUGCAAGGUGCCAUGUAUCCUACCAGUAUGAGGAUCAAUGAAGAGGGUCGUCUGGUUGUCAACUUCAAGACAGAGGCACGAUUCAGGGGGCAGUUUGUCAUGUCUCACCCAGGAAGCAGCCUGUCAUCCAUGGUGAUGUCGGCAGAUCAUCCUGGACUAACCUUCACUCUCACUCUGAUCCGAACUGAGCCCACAUACAAUCAGCCAAUGCAGCAAUGGAGUUUUGUCUCGGACUUUGCUGUUAGGGACUACUCUGGCACCUACACAGUGAAGCUGAUUCCCUGCAGUGCCUCUCCUAAUGGAGAAUUCAGUAUUCCACCUGUGUGCCACCCCAGGGAGCCACUUACCUUCGACAUGGACAUCCGUUUCCAGCAGGUGAGUGACCCUGUGGCAGCAGAGUUCAGUCUCAACACACAGAUGUUCCUGCUGUCUAAGAAAGAGCUGUGGUUGUCUGAUGGCUCCAUGAGCUUUGGAGAGGGCACAGAUACCGCUUUCACUGAGGGUUCUACUAUCUAUGGCCGUGUAAUGGUGGAUCCGGUGCAGAACCUGGGAGAUUCAUUCUCCUGCAGUAUAGAGAAGGUCUUCCUUUGCACAGGCACUGAUGGAUAUGUGCCAAAGUAUAACCCCACCAAUAAAGAGUAUGGCUGCCUGGCAGAUGCCCCCUCACUGCUGUACAGGUUCAAGAUCCUGGACAAAGCUCAGCCUGAGACCCAGGCUACUGCCUUUGGAGAUGUGAGAUUUGAUGCCAAACUCGCAAUGGACACUCCAGGAGCCCUUACUCUGAUCCGACAGCCGGGGUCAGACGGGUUCACACUGUCCUCCUCCCCACUCUUCCAGGUCGCAGCUGGUCGGGAGUGGUUCAUCCACACUAUUUACACUGUCCGCUCUAAAGAGAAUGCCAACCGUGGCAUCGGUAAGAGAAGCCUGGAGUACCACCAUGGCAUUUCAUCUGUUCUGCCCGAGUCUGGUGCCCUGACCCGCCACCGCCGAGCUGUGCCUGACCCAGAAGCUCUGGAAAUUGGUGUGGAGAACAACCGUGGCACCAACAUCCAGCACAUCGCCCUGGAUCGCUCUGACCGGCUCAGAGUGAGCCAGCGGCAGCCGUGGGGCCGUGAGACCUACCUGGAGCGUCCCCUGGUGGAGGGGAGCUCAGGUAAAGAGCCUGGCUCUGACUCAGCUCUACCAGCAGGCAUGCCCACACUGCUGGGAGUGUCUGGGCUGAUCCUGCUGGUGUGCCUUGUGGUGGUUCUGGUUGCUCUCUUGCUCCGGCGUAAGAAGAAAGAGAAAGAGUAUCCACCAUACUCCACCUCCUCCUGCUCAGCCUACAGCGGCAGCAACAGCAGACAAACCACGAGCACAAGACACAGUGGAGACAGUUCAGAAGUUUAGACAUCGACACUGAGGCCUUCCCUGUCCACAAACACGUUCAUACCUACUUGUCAUGAUGAUGCCUUCCUCCCUAUGAGCACAACAGCUGGCGGAGAGGACGUCUUAGAACGAAGAAGCAGUGGCGACGAAACAGAAACAGGGAGAAAUUCAGCUUUGGAUCACAUUUAAGGUUCAUUCACUUCCCAAAUGACUUUGCUUUCCACUUCUAUACUGUUCUUAUAAACUCCUAGCUUCAUCCUCAACAAGCACUGAGGACUUCCACACAUGCAGCAGAUUUCAGAACAAAAGGACAUUGCUUCCAAAGUCUCUCAAAGAAAGUGUUCCAAGCCUCAUAGAGCUGAUAUGAUGAGCAAAUCUGUGCUUUGAUGUUAAUUUAUCCUAGUUGCUGAUGUUAAAUAACAUUUUUUUAGUUCUUAAGUGCUGGUGCACAUUGUGUGGCUUGUAGAAAAUGACACAGAAAUAACAUGAUGUCACUCUCAAUAUAAAUUUUCAACAUCAGUCUCACUUUGAAACUUUGAUUUAAAAUCUAAAGCAACUACCAUCUACUUCUACUAAAACACAUAAGACGACUCAGUGUUAACUUAGGCAGGUAGCAUAGGUCAGCCGUCUUUUGACCUGAUCUCAGUCAAAAUUCUGAGAUUCAGCUGUUGGCAAUAAAAUAAGUUUACCGUAGAAUCUUUGUUUUAAGUUCAACUUGUAAACUUUUCUGUUUUGAAUGUGUGCCAGAAACGUUUUUGCGAUAAAAAUAGAUGUAGAAAAGCUGGCUUAUUGAAACAUUUAUGUAAUAAAUGUAUGUAUUUUUAUAUUCAUGACACACUGCUGUGUACAGUAGCGCACACUGGUGUUCCCAUGUCGACAGACCAUUUUUAUGGUGCUAUAAAAAGGGACAGUGAUGUUUCAUUUGAGUCAUUUCUAAUGCAUAAGUAUUCAGAUUUUUAUACAUUUGUCAGGAUGUGUUCAAAUAUGCUUCAGAAUUACACAUAACUGUGUAUAAUAAUUAUCUUGUGUAUGUAUGUGAGUGCUUAUAUAUACACCACCAAACAGAACAAUGCCAACAGAAGGUAUUAUUGGUAUUAUUACAUCCUGAUAGAACUUGAAAAGCUGUGAACCACAGGUUGUGAUUGUUACAUAAUUGUUACAUGUGGUGAUUUUUUUUCUUUCAAAUUGCAUAAUUGGUUAAAAAUUCAUCAAAGGCUUAUAAUAUGCUGAUUAUAUGUCCAUAUUAAGGUGCUCACAUUAAUAAUCAUGUACAUGGUUUUAAUUUGAUGAUGCCACUUUCAAUUUAUUGUUUAAUGUAUUAAAGUUACACUGCCAAAUACCA